AUGUCCCAGCCAGGUGCAGUAGAUGAUGUCUCCCAGCCCCCAGGAUCAUCACAGUUAAUAGCAGUGGGGAACUCUCAGGCUGACUCGGAGGGUGUGGCUCGCCAGAGGUGGAAAAUUGCUCAAUUAGAAGAAAAACUACAGGUGCUGGAGUCAGGGCAGGCAACCAAGUGGAGGGAGACAAAUUACUAUGUGUCAAAGGGAAGGGCUAUCAGACACAUAGUUACAUUAUAUGAUGCCAUUGAAGAUCUCAUAGCUGAGCACGAUAGGAGAUGGGAUAGCAACGAGUCAGAUGAAAAUGUGACCGUCGAGUAA